AUGAGGCAGUUGUGGACUCGGUUGUUGGAGGUCCAGAAUAACAGGAGGAACGCAGAGGGGGCUCAGAUGGAGUUUAAGUCCAAGCAGUGGUUCGGUGCCUCGGUCCGAUCUAAUGGAGAACACAUCCUGGCCUGUGCUCCCCUGUACCAGUGGUCCACCUUUGGUGUCUCUGAGCGAGAGCCGGUGGGAACGUGUUACCUGAAGAAAGACAGCAAAGUGGUCGAGUACUCGCCCUGCAGAUCAGAUGCGAACUCACCAGAGGGGCAGGGCUUCUGCCAGGCCGGCUUCAGUGCCGACUUCCUUAAGAAGAACAACAAAGUGGUGGUGGGAGGACCUGGCAGCUUCUACUGGCAGGCGACCGUCAGCAGAUCUACAUCGGCGAUGAUAACGCUCUGACUCUGGAGAUCAGCGCUGAGAACCAGGGAGAGGGAGCGUACGAGGCCGAACUCCACGUAUACCCUCCUCAGCAGGCCGACUUCACCGGGGUCGUCCGCAGUCAGACCCACAGCAGGCUCUCCUGCGCCUACAAGAAAGAGAACCAGACGAAGAUGGUGGUGUGCGACCUGGGAAACCCCAUGAAGGGAGGCACCAAGGUCCAGGCAGAGUUGCGGUUCAGCGUGCACCAGCUGUCGGAUGAGGACACCUCCAUCAAGUUUGACCUGCAGAUGGUCAGGUGAGUCUGUCGGUGGUGUGGGUGGCAGAAAUUCCUCAGUCAGUACCAGGCUGGGUGGUAGCUCUAGCUGUGCUGGCGGGACUGCUGCUGCUGGCGCUGCUCAUCUUCAUCAUGUACAAGUUGGGUUUCUUUAAGCGGGUCCGCCCCCCCCAGGAGGACUGCACUGAGAAAGAGCAGCUGCAGCCGGAGGAGAACGGCAACGCUGACGCCUAG